UGGAAUAAGAAACGACGCAUGAGCGCGCAGUGCAGCGAGGAGUGAGGAAAACCAGCCAAGUGUCAGCACGUCAGUCUGAAGCGAGGAGUGUGCGAAAGAUUCCAUGAUUUUUAGCAGGAUUUGUUUAUUUGCGGCAGUGCAGACUGAGAAGAAGUAGAGAGAAGAAUGUACAGCACAGCACUUCAGAUAACAUGUGCAGAUCCUGAUCCCAUAAAUUGAUACUUUUCUAAAUGACAGUUCUGCACUUGACAAGGACACAAUGACUUACAAACCUUUUAGAAAUACUGCAGCAUUUUUGUGCAGUGUUUAAAAUGUAUAAGUGGAUGGAUUGCAACUCAGAGGCAGAUGUUGAAAUACAGAGAAAUAUAAAAAGUGCAAACACUGCCCCACAGAGAAUGGAUUGGACCUUCUAUCAAAUGUCAAUAUAAAGAGUACAGUUCUUCCACAACCAGCAAGAACAACAAGAGAACGUAACUGGGCAAGUAGAACUCUGUACAUCACAGAUCAGAAGGGAGUUUCAACACUGAGUGACUGACCCUCUGCCUUCCCAGGAUGAGUGUGUCUCAGCCCCCUGAGGGUCUCCUUUUCAGGGGAAAAAAUGAGUCCAGCAUGAGGCUCCCUCUCCCCAGUGCAGACGACCACAAUGGGAACACUUUCCCAAUUUCCUCCUCCUCCUCUUCCUCCUCCUGUCUGGGGGAGUCGUCUCCUGAGUCACUGCGGAGUUUGAGCUGCCUCAGUGGGGCCCGGACUGACAGCCCAUUGGACUAUGACAUGUUUGAGGUCGCCCUGAUGAUCAAAACGGAGAAAAUUACAAAUGUUGUCGUUUCGAAAUGGGUGCCAGAGGAGAAAAGUAAACCAGAUGACAAUGAUGACGGCUCUGUUGGAAAAAUACAAACAGCAACUGAGCUAUCAGAAUCCAACGACAACUCUGUGUCUGUCUACCUGGAUGCAAACAGCUGUGAAUAUCGGCAAGACACCUGGAAUGACAACGACAACCUUACACUGUCCCUGAAGACAAAUAGCGACAGCCGGUACAAUACUGGAGACCUCAGCAGUGGAAGUAAUGGGAGAAAGCACGGCUCCUCAACUCCAGACUCAGAUGCAACAGAAAUCCCUGCUGAUGAUGAUGAUGAUGAUGAUGAUGAUGAUGAUGAUGAUGAUGAUGAAGAUGAAAAGGAGGCAUUGUUUCUCUCUGUGUGCUCUGACAUGGGUGUGCAGAGGACCCUCACAAGCGCCACCAGUCGAUCCAGCGACAACCUGAUGAACUCAAGGGGCUCUGAGCUCCAGACAGAGGGCACUGUUGCUGUGAGUGUUGCUAAUGAUGAGAGCUCAGAGCAGCUGUUAGAACUUGCCUGUCCCCUUGGUCGACCUGUGGAAAGCCAGACAGAACCUUCUGAUUCUGAGGAUCUUCUUGAAACCAUUCAGAUAUCAUCUUUUUCUCCCUCUACUACCAAUCCAGAUCAAGAUGCUAAGGAAGUCGCAUCUCCUCCACCUGAGGAAGCUGAAAGAUGUGCAGUGGGCCCCACACCCUUCCAACCUCACACCAGUCAGCCAGCCAGAGCAUCAAAAACCAAACCAAACAUGGCUACUCCAACUGCUCCCAAGACAGCAGCGUCCACAGCCAUCAAACCAUCUAGUGUGGAUGCAAAGAGAGUUUCCAAACUGGACCUAAAAGAUAUUAAAGAGGUUAAAGUUGGAUCACGUUCCACCCCGUUUCCACCUAAAACACCAAACCAGCAGAACAAAUUUGCUGCAGCCAGUGGUAAGAGAGCUGUUCUUCUGAAGGAGAAAGCACAGACUGGGGAUGGGGGGGAAAAGCAAAGGUCAUCUGCAGGUCCAGUCAAAAUGGCCAUGGUGCUGAAAUCUAUCAGAGGAAAGAGCAGUAACCUCAAAACCAACCACAAGUCAGCAACCAACGGCUCUGCUGAGCCAAAGAGAAAUAGUUCUGCCACCAGUCGAACUCUCUCUACUUCAACCUGCUCUCUGGGGUCUGAGCUGGUUGAGGUAGGACCCCCUUUCAGGAAGUCUUUACAGAAAAUACCUGAUAACCAUAAAACAACUGGAGGUGUAGAGACUAAACAUCCAAGUGAAGAUUCUCCUUCAGGUACUGGAAAGGCUUUAAAGACAGAGGCUGCUGAGGAGAAACCAAGGACUUCUAGCAGAAAAGUCUCCUCCAAGUUGGGGCCCAGUGCCAGGCAGCAGGGGAGGGGCACCAGAGUAGAGAAGGGGUCAUUGGCUUCAGGGUCAGGGACUGGACCUCCUAGACAGGAGAGCCCUGGGCCCAGGCAAGCCCAGAGUGAUGGCUCCACGCUGGGAGAGGCUGGGCAGAGUGCUGGGGGAGGAUCUCCAACGAGGUGCAGCCAAAAUCAGUUCCAGGGUAUCCCUAAACCUCACACCAUCGCAGAGCGAGCAUCAGAUUAUGCUGUCCUGAGUCCCGCAGCGUCCAACUCCAAACCAACAGCCAAUCAGCAGCCACCAUCGGGGUUGGCCAGACGACCCAUCACACCCGCUGCAUCGAAACUCCCUGUGAAGGGAUUACCCACAAGCCUCAGUUCCUUAUCACUGGGAAGCACCGAGAUCAAUGGAGCCACAAGCAAAGCUUCUCCAUCAUCUCCAGGAGCUCCAGCAUCAACAGUGACCAAGCCAGAGGAGCAGCCCAGCAGAAGCUCGUUUCCUGUGGGCAGCCAGAGCCCGGCCAAGCCCCUCAUCUCCAGCCCUACAUUUACCGCCAGCACCAGGCAUCCUGCACUGAGGAGCAGAGCUCUGUCACUGCAGGCCAGGACCACUGCUACAUGUCUGAAGGCCCCAACAGUCACCAACCACAACACAGCCAAGAUAGCAGCCGCCAAUCAAAUAGCAGCAAAGAGAGCUACUGCUACCAAUCAGAGCCUGACAAAGCAGGCAUCCCAGUAUCCCCUGCAAAAAAGCGGAUCAGCAAGACUCAGUCGACUGAACACCACCAUCUGCGCUCAUCAGCUCUGCAUGACUGUCCGGCAGACUCCAGUUGACAAAAACAAGCCCCUGGAGGUGCCAGCAAGACCCACAAACAUCAACAGCAGCUCACUGGUAGCAGCACCUGCAGCAGGAAACAACCAGAAAAAGCAUCAACUUCCACCUAACCUGGUACCAGACGUGGUUAAUACUAAUACACCAGUGACUGCAGUUCUCCUAGUGCCUGCCACUGAGAGCACCAACACUGGAGCCACUGGUCUUGGGUUCAAAGCAAAAACUGUUCCAAGAUCCAAAACAGGAUCCCGCCUACAGAAUGCUUCCAAGCCUGGCUCAGCCGGGGCUGUUGUGGCAGACCGGGUGGUCGCUGCAAACCAGAACCAGAGCAAAGAGCAAGCAGAGAAGAAAAACCAGGCCAUCAACCAGCUAAGGAAGCUGCUCGUCCAGGGGAACAAGAGAGUGGAGGCUCUGGCUACAGUUAUCCAGCAUCUCUUCACUGAGCGCGAGGAGGCCUUAAAGCAUAAGAAGGGCUUAACGCUAGAACUGGCAAACCUUCGAGACGAGCUGGUCACAUCGUCACAGUGCUGUGAGCAUCUGCAAAAGGAGAAGGAGGAGGUGCGCGUCAGCUUGGAGGAGGCCUUGGACAGGCUGGAUGAGGAGCACAAGGAGGAGCUGGUGCAGCUGGAGGACAGAUUAAGGAGUUUUUACCAAACAGAGUGGGACAAAGUCCACCAGACGUACCAGGAGGAGGCUGACAAAUGUCGCAUGUUGAUGGAACAGCAGGUGGAGGAGCUGAGGAGCCGACAGGAAGCAGAGAGGAAGAACCAGGAAGUGAGUCGGAGCCAAAAGAUGGCGUCUCUCAAAUUGCAGUAUGAGACCGCCACACAAGCGCUGAAGAGGAUCCAGCAGACAGACCUGGAGAACCUGAAUGCAUCACUGAAGGAGACUGAGACAUCUCUCACUGAGAAGAUAUCUGAGCUGUCAGCAGAAAAGGAGGCUCUGAAUGAGAAGCUAAAAACAGAGGAGGAGCGGAGGAAGCAGAUACUCUCUGACAAGAAUCUGAAGGACUCCCACACAGUGUACCUGGAGCAGGAGCUGGAUAGUCUUAAGGUGGUGCUGGAGCUCAAGAACAACCAGUUGCACCAGAAGGAGAAGAAGCUCAUGGAGAUGGACAAGCUGUUGGAGACUAAUGUGAAACUGGAGGAGUGUCUGAAUAAGGUCCAACAGGAGAACGAGGACUACAGGGCCAGGAUGGACAAACACGCUGCUCUCUCCAAGUACGGCAGCUUUCCAGCGAACAGGCCAAACUCCAGCAGACGCUGCAGAAAGAGUCCAAAGUCAACAAGCGUCUGUCCAUGGAGAACGAGGAGCUGCUAUGGAAGCUGCACAAUGGUGACCUGUUGGGGAGUCCCCGCCGCCUCUCACCCACCUCGCCCUUCAGCUCACCACGGAACUCUGCCUCGUUCCCCACUGCACCCUUAUCGCCCAGAUAACCUCUCCUCCCACCUCCUGCUUCUCCUCAUAACCUCUACAAGCCUCGCAAAGUUGGAGCUGUUCCAAAUACAGAGAAAGACCUCAGUCCUAGAAAUGUUGAUGGAUAUUAAUGAUAAACUCAUGCAUUUGGAAUAAAUUGCAUUAAAGACGCUUAUUUUGAAAGCGAAAAGACAUUGCAGUGCACUUAAGUCUGAGAGUGGGACUGGCCUUUCUCUCUACCAAAUGCCUGGUUCUCCAACAAACUUUUCUUCUUUUUCUGAAGAAAACAAAAAUAUGAGGCACACCUCAGGGUCUGUACAUGGCGCAUCACUCUUGUUAUACCUAUCCUUACCUGUUUUUACUGAUAUGUUGUACAGUUUAAGUUCUGCUCAUCCUAUUCUUUCAUACCGCUCUUUCUAAAGAGGUGGAUGAUGGCUUUGUGUCGUUUGCAGCUUUGUGGGAAAAGACUCAAAGUUGUUUGGGUUUGGCAAAUCAUAACAUAAUGGGUACUUCUUGGUGGAUUAGCAUGAAAUCUUUGCCUUUUCCCUUCUUUUAAACAGGACCUUUUUUCCCCAAAGAGCGAAGCUCAAUCACUGAUCUGCUUUGGACCUCUGGAAGAAGUGGACAAACUUGAUGUCCUUCUGUGGGCAAACAGGCACACAUAUUCAGUUUGUUCAUCUGAGGAACUGACCUGAAUUACUGACAUGAACCUUUGAUCCAAUGGAUGUCUGCUCCUCUGUUUAACCUCUACCUUAAACUAUUAUGUGGAAUGUAAUCAACUUUGGAUGUUUGAUCUGAGCAGCCCGGCUCAGAGGCACUAAAACAUCAUUGCGGAGCCAAAUAUGCAGAAGAAGAGUUGACCAGGACAGUGUUCACUGUCCGUCCGCCCCCCCCCCCCCCCCCCCCCCCCUUACUUUCUCCUUUAAGCAUCUCAUUAACAAACAAAAACAAGGCAAAGCUGAGCCAGUGGCUGGUCAGUCAAUUUCAGUCUUUGUUUCAGGUCACAUGUAAAACCACCAGAAAUCUCCCAGACUCUUAAUUAACUCACUGAUAACUGGUCUCUGUUUUACUGAAUCAAAAGAAAUGUCACUUUGUUUGUCUGGUAUUUGUCCUGAAAAACCUCAGAUGUACCCAAAUUGCCUCAGUUGACCAUGUUUUUUGAUUUAGUUUUUUUUGUUUUUUGUAUUUUGGACAUGAAAUAAAUACAAUAUGACAUGAGA